AUGCUCAAGUGGCCGAUGGACAAUCGUGUGGAGGAGCCGGCAUCCCUUCUUGACGCCAUUGUAAGAAACACAGAGACGCUUGUAAGUAGUAUCCGACGCGGCAAAAAGGGUAACAGGAGCAGAAGGAGUCUUUCUUCCGCGGCGGCGUGUGGCAUGCUGAAGAUUAUGCGUCAAGUUGUCACCGAAUUUCGUGACCAUGAAGCGCAACGGGACAGUAGUAGCAAUGAAAUGCUCCGUGCGAACUGUCCAGCGGAUAUUGUAGCGACGCAACAAGUGCGACGAUUGAUGCGGCUUAUUUCUUUUGUGGGUGUGACGGUGCUGCGGGCGCAGUUUAGCACGCUGAUGCUCAUGAAUGUCACACGAAGGGUUUUGUCACUUAUUCGAAAGUCCGCCAUGGAAAAUGCAGCGAGUAUUUCGGAGCUGGAAGUCCUUGCGGCGCAGCGGAUAAAUGAAUUAGACGGCAGUGAGAAUAAUGAUAGCCCAUACAACUUGCAGCCACAGACGCAAGACUCGGAACUGCACCAGGUAUCCUUGGAACGCUCACGCACGAGCAGUGGGUCCGUAUUAUUCUCACCGGUCAGUGUAGCGUGUAUUGAUGAAAGAAGACAACGGACUUCUUGCUUCCACAAGGCACUCACGGUGCGGUUUAAUAUGAACAGUACGGAGCAGGAGAGUAUUCUUGAGUUGGACGCCACGUACGAAGCAGAAGAGACGAAAACGGCGGAUAUCUUAGGCACCGGCAUUCCGGGCGAACAAUCGCUGCGGCGGGCGCCCAGCAGACGUGAGGUGGGAGACGAUGAGCGGGUAGCGGAGUUCCCGGUGUGUAUCGAUGGUUUUUUUGACAGCCUGCUAGAAUCCAUGGAGGUGUUUGAGGUGGAGGUUGAGGGAAUGUGCGAUGAACUGUGUGCACGGGCCUCGAGGCAGCUGCAUGCAACGGACAUUGUCAUCACGAUUGGAUGCAGCAACACGACAAGGCAUUAUUUUUUGAGUGCUCUUGAGGCGCAUGUGAGGUUCAAGGUUAUCAUUCUCGAGGGCGCCCCGUUUCCGCUGCAUUUGACGCAGAAAUUAGCCGUUGAGUUGCGUGAGAAUGGGGCGGAGGUGCAGGUGCUCCCUGACAGCUCCGCCUUUGCGGUGAUGGGGACAUGCACAAAGGUGCUCAUUGGUGCGGAGAGUGUGUUGGCCAACGGUGGACUUCUGGCCACCAUCGGCACACAUCCUCUGUGCAUUGCCGCAAAACACUUUGCGGUGCCUGUUCUUGUAGCCACAACAACGUUAAAGAUGUCACCGUAUUACCCCCGCGAUGUAUUCUGUACGAGCCUUGUGAAAAUAUCACGAACAGACGCGAAGGAAAUUCCAUGGAAAACAUAUGGCCACCCUUACGAUGUGCUGCCCACCCCGUACGGUGAAAAUGUGGAGAACAUUGGCUCCUUGACCGUAAACUCCCCCGCAACGGAGUACGUCCCGCCGGAGCUCAUCACACUUUACGCAACGAAUGAGUCCGAGUACACCCCGUCACAAAUUCACCGCAUCGUGCGGGAGAAUUACAACCCCGAGGACUGA